AUGCCAAAGUUGUGGAAUUUACUUAAUGUAAAUGAGUGGAAUGAUUUUCUUUCGCGAUUGCCCAAACCCGUUAUUCUUUGUGGAGAUUUCAAUGCACAUCACUUUUCAUGGGGUAGUAAUUUUAGUGACAAAUAUGGGUCGGAUCAUUAUCCAAUUUUGUUGAAGUUGAGAGGUGUGCCAAAAGCAAGAAAAUAUAAUCCAAGUUGGAAUUGUAAAAAAGCCGAUUGGACAAAAUACCAGUCAGAGAUAGGAAAAAAUUUGGAGAGUUUUAAUAGCAACGACCCGGUUCGUGCGUAUGAUUUUUUCAUAAAUGCUAUUAAUUCAGCGGCCAGAAAAAUUAUUCCGAUGAAAAAUGGGGACCUGAAUGCUAAAUGUGCUAAACCAGUAUGGUGGAAUGAGGAGUGUGAUAAAUUAAUAAGAGAGCGCAGACAGGCGGAAAAAAUAUAUAGACAAAAGUCUAGUUAUGAAAACUUUGUUGUAUGUAAUACUAUUAACAGUAAUAUUAGAAGAAUUUUCAAGAAAAAGAAAAAACAUAAAUGGUAUCAGUUAACGGAUAAUCUUAAACCGAAUAUUUCACCGAGGGAGGUAUUUGCAAUGAUCAAACGUCUUAAAAAUUUUGUGGAGCCUGUUAAUUCGAAUGAAAAUAUACCGCAUGAAAUAAGAGAAGGAGUAAUGGAUUAUUAUGCCCCUGCCGGGGUCGAAUCUUGUAUUGAAAAUUGUUACAAAAGCAGUUCGUUAUUGAAAGAUCAUAUGCUGUUAAAACCGUUUUCAUUAUGGGAGUUAAAUUUAGUUUUUGGGAAAAAUACGGAUACAGCUCCGGGUAAGGAUCUUAUAUUUUAUUCUAUGAUUAGUAAUCUACCAUUUUCGGCCAAUAAAAUAUUUAUUGAAAUUAUCAACAAUGUAUGGUUAACACCUGAAAAAAUUCGAGAAUGGAAUGAUUACGUAUUAAUUUUUAUUAAGAAAGCCCAGAAAAACCCAAGUAUAAUAUCGUCAUAUAGACCAAUAUCGCUAGCUUCAUGUGUCGCUAAAGUCAAAGGCCUUGGAACAUAUGAUAACUUAAGUAUUUUCUCUGCUGAUUUACAUUUAUCUAAUGCUAAAAAUAACUAUGUCGUGGCAUUGUUUAGCGACAUCAAAGGUGCAUACGAUAAUGUUAUUCCUGAAAUUUUAAGCAAAGCCAUGAAUGAUAUAGGACUUCCACAUAAAUUUUCGAGGGCUAUAACUGCUGCAGUUUUUGAGAGAAACGUUUACUUCAAAAUUAACGAUAGGAUCAUAGGACCAAGAAAGAUGUAUAAGGGUCUUCCGCAAGGCGAUAUUUUAAGCCCAAUUCUAUAUGCCUUGUAUGUAAGGAACAUAGAAUAUAUUUGGGAACCUGGUACUAAAAUUUUGCAAUACGCAGACGAUGUUGUAGUGUACGUGGAGAAACAGAGUCUCCAGGAAGCUAUAGAUGUAAUGUCUCGGAACAUUGAACACUUUCAUGUUUGGCUAGCAAAAAAAGGUCUUGAGUUGUCUGAUGACAAGAGUUCGAAAGCGAUUAUAUUUACAGACAAUAAAAGCUGCAUUAUGUAUUAUGUAAUUUGGAAUAAUAUUGCUAGGCUAGUAGAAGGGGGCCAUAAUGUGAAAUUAUUAUGGGUCAAGGCACACUCUGGGAUUGUAGGGAAUGAAGAAGCAGAUAAAUUAGCAAAGAGGGCUUCAGAGCAUGGGCCACAGGUAAAGGUUGCCAUGUAUAAAGAUUUUUUAAAUAAAGUAUCGCAAAGGAUCAACAUAGAAUGGCAAAAAGAUUGGAAUGUUUCAUCUCAGACACGUGGCCAGUAUUAUAAAAGAAUUAAACCGGUAGUGGAUAAAAAACUAUGGCAGGAGCAAUUUAAAGAAGAAGACAGAAGGGUGUUAGUGACAGUUACAAGAUUGAGAUUAAAUCACGGGUUAUUUCCAACUCAUAUGUUUCGGUUGAAACUUGUGGAAUCAGACCAAUGUGCAUGCGGUGGUGCAAGCGGUACCUGCGAGCAUAUUGUUAUGGAGUUGUUAAAUGUCCCAAUCUGUUCACAAUAUUUUUAUGGUUAUCACAUUCCAUCAAUGCAAUUGAUGGUCAACAAAAGAUUGUCACCAUUUUGUCAAACUUAG